AGCAGCGACAAGGUCGUCCCUGUCUCACUCCUUUGGACAGGCCCUACACAAUAGCAAGUCCGCCACAAAAACACAUAGAGCCGCUUCGCCAGAGUACGAUUGCCUGCUCAGGGGGAAACACUGGCACUCUGGACAAGUCGGUGGCGAACACGGCAACUAUAGUCCUCUCUGAGCUGUAUUUCCCGACAAAUCGACGACAGUAACGACAACGACGACCAGCAUCUUCCUUCCCGGAUGGCACCCACAUCGGGGCUCAGCACUGGCGACAGCGACAGCGAUGGCUCAAUCUCUUCCUCCUCCAAUACUGUUCACCUCCUCCUCCGCCGCCUGACCGACUCGCUCGCCCCUGACCACAACAGCAAGAACAAUGGCGCCUUCCUCGGCAGCCUCCGAAACCUCCACCGCGCAACCAGCGGCGUAGACACCGUCCCGGAGGGCUACGGCCUGCCCAACAGCCCGCCUCCCGGCACGGUCGCGGGCAUCGUGGUCGGAUCUGUGGCAGCGUUCCUGUUCGUGCUGUGGGUGAUAUACUUCUGCCUCAACUUUGGCCUGCCGGGAAGGCAGGUCUGGUCCGAGCGGGGCUCGGUGACCAACAUGUCGAGGUCGGUGGUCUCGACGCGGCGGCGGGACGAGCGUUCGCGCAGCCGGGCCACGGGGACUGUGAUUACCAAUGCGGGGCCGGCUGCUGCGGCGGCGGCGGUCAUUGCGGUCGAGGGCGCGAGGCGCAGUCGUAGCCGCGGAGGGGUGCUCAAGAUGAAGAAGAAGCAGCACCGGCACCACCACUCGCGGUCCCGAUCGCGAUCUCCGCCGAGGAUGGUCGAGGUGCGCCGGGAGACGUCGACACGGCGGGUCGCGGAGACGUCGACACGGCGGGUCGCGGAGAACCGGAGGAGUGGCGGCGGCGGCGGUGGUGGUGGUGGAGGCCGGGGAGGGCGAUAUGCCUACCACAACCCCAACGAGGACCAAAUCAUCGUCGAGGAGGAGAUGACGGACCGGUCGGCGCUCGGGUACGGCGGUGCCUCGUCCGUGAGGAGUCGCAGCAGGAGUCGGGGCCCCAUGCCGCCCAGGGGAGUGCCCGUGGUCAUGGCGCCUGGGGUUCGUGGCGGUGGUGGCGCGGGGCCGGGAAGAGGCGGGGCAGGUGCGCCCCCGAGAGUCGUCCCAUCGUCGAUAUUAAGCAGCGAGGACUACAGCCAUAGCGAGACCGAGUCGGAGGACGAGGAUGAGAUUGUGGUCAUGGAGGAGAACUCGACGCCGCCGCGGAGUCGGAGGGGUGGCAGACGGGAUCGGAGGGGCUAGCAGUUCACAGAGGUUAGAGAAAAAGGGCCGGGCCUACCAGCUCUGAUACUUGCAGCUAUCUAGGUCUUUCCUUCGGUACGUCCAUGCAUGCUUGCUGGAUCCUUCCUUACUAGCUACGGCAGGAAAGCGUCGAGGGGGCGUGUGCUGCUUGGUAUCAUGCCAAAAGUGUACAUGUAUUAUCUGAAAUGGCAAUGUGUCCCAACUCUGUGUGGCGUGUCCAAUCUGGUUCAUCUCCCUUUGCAACGUGUGGCGCCUUUGCAAUGCCGAAAUGAACGGCUUGUUCACGAAAGAACAGUGCUCGUUCCUCGGGGCGCUGUGAAAUGGUACAUGGGACAUGUGUGUGAAUCGCAAGGUGGCGCUAUGAUACAUUCCCGCGCUUUACUGAUUCACCCACCCGCCCUG